CUUGAAUGUUGAAAUAAAACUGUUGAAAUACGUCUUAACUUGAUCCUUCCUUUGUGAAGUUUUAAUCAUGUCAAGCGGUGAUGACAAAUCAACCAUUAGAAAACAACAUGUAGAUGAAUCUCUCAUGCUCAAAGCAAUGCAACAACAAUUUCAGAGGCUGGACAUCAUGUUUGGUGAGAAUAGAGACAAAAUGGAGAAGCAAGAUGUAGCCAUAGCCAAGUUAUACCAAAUACAGAAUGGAAGUCCAAAUUUGCGUAGGAAUGAUGCUAAUGAUGAUCUCAAUGAUGAUUAUGAAGAUGCAUUCAACAAUGAUACUCAGAACUCAAAUUUCAGUAUGGACAAAUUUAUGAGAGGUAGAGGGAGUCAAACAAGAAGGUUUAACCGAGGAGAGCAAAAUUUGACAAGGUGGGGAGAUUGGCAAGAUUGUGACUUAGGUAGCAUCAAGAUGAAGAUUCCUCCAUUCAAGGCAAAAAUGAUCCAUAUGUGUAUUUGGAGUGGGAAAAAAAGGGGGCAUGUUGCAUCGCAAUGUCCUAAUAAGCACACGAUGAUCUUGAGAGAAGAUGGAAAAAUUGAAACUGAGGGUGAAUCUGAUGAUGAAUCUAUGCCACCAUUAGAAGAUGCUAAUGAUGUUGUGGAAUAUGUCGUUGAUGGAGAACUGCUCAUCACCAAGCAAGCUUUAAAUGUGGAAGCCAAAAAAGAUGAUGAAGUACAACGUGACAGUAUAUUUCACAUGAGGUACCAUGUCAAAAACAAGAGAUUCAUCAAGGACUUCAACAGAAUUGCAGCUCUGUUGACUGAAAUCAUGAAAAACAAUGUUGGAUGUAUUGACGUUAGCACUGUUUUGAUGCAAGAGCAGCGGCCUAUUACGUUUUUCAGUGAAAAAUUGACUAGUGCAGCAUUUAACUAUCCUACAUAUGACAAACAGAUGUACACAUUAGUAAGGGCCUUAGAAACGUGGCAGCAUUAUCUUUGGCCUAAGGAGUUCGUGAUACAUACUGAUCAUGAGUCGUUGAAGCACCUCAAGGGACAAGGUAAGUUGAAUAGACGAUAUGCUAAGUGGGUGGAAUUCCUUGAGACAUUUCCCUAUGUGAUCAAGUAUAAGCAAGGAUAAGAAAACAUUGUGGUUGAUGCAUUAUCUCGCAAGUACAUGCUUAUCUCUAUUCUAAGUGUGAAAGUUAUUAGAAUUUGAGUACAUUAAAGAAUUAUAUUCUAA